AUCUAUAUAUGGAGAGACUUGCCUAAGGUGGAAUGAAUCUAAGUGGUAUCCGUACGAACUUGCAAACUACUGUAGAACUCCUCAAUUUGAUUUUGACAAUGCUGGUGGUCCGUGGUGUUAUGUAAAUGUAAAUAUGACAUGGAAAAGAUGUAACGUACCUGUGUGUGGAGGUGCAGUAUGUCCAGCUUUGGUUGGUAAUUUGGAAACAUUAGACAAGAAAACAAGAUACCAAUACGGAGAAUCUGUGAUACUUUCCUGUAAAUCCGGUUACAAAUUAAGUGGACAACGAUAUUUAACAUGUCUGCAGUCCGGUCAGUGGAAUGAUACGAUCCCUAGAUGUGAAGAUUUAAAUAAAUGCUCCAGUAGCCCCUGUCAAAACGGAGGAACAUGUGCUGAUGGAGUUAAUGGACACACCUGUACCUGUCGAGACAGUAACUUUGGUUUCAACUGUCAGUAUGAUAUUAGCAAAUGUCACAAUGUAACCUGUUUCAAUGGCGGCAUAUGUAAAGAGGAACUAAAUGAUAUCCAUGUUUGUAUCUGUAUUCGUGGAUAUUCAGGGACACUUUGUGAACAAGAACCAACGUUCAAGGUAGCUCCACAAAUAAUUCUCAAGGACAAAAUGACAGUCGAUGAAGGGUCAAGCAAUAGCCGUAUUCCAUGUUUUGCGGAAGGAAUUCCUCUUCCAAUAAUCAAAUGGCAGUCUAUGACCAAAACAACUUUGCCCUCUAAUGCGAGACAGGUAAUAGAUUUUUUAGUUUUUGAAAAUGUUACCACAGCCGAUAGUGGAAUGUAUAUAUGUACUGCAAGGAAUGAAGUUGGAACUGAUGUUAAAGUUAUACGUUUGAUAGUAAAAGCAAAACCAGGUAUACUUCACACGGGUCCAGUCAUUCACACUUUAUCUACAGUAAAAGUGGACUACUAUACUGAUGCAGUGUUGGUAUGCAAUGUCACGGGAUUCCCUACCCCUACUGUUACGUGGAAAUAUGGCAAUAAACUGUUGCUUACUUCUGGAAACAUCAUGGUUGUGCAUAAUGUUACUAAUACAACAACAGGACAGUACACGUGUAUUGCAACGAACGACGUUGGAACAAGUCAAGUUAACAUAUUUCUUGAGGUCACCUACGAUACGCCUAAAAUUGUUAUUCCCCCGAGGACAGCCUUCGUAAUGAUAGGACAAUCUCAUAAUUUUACAUGUGUUGCAACUGGUCAUCCUAAACCAUCACUUACAUGGUCCUAUAAAACGUUUGCACAGGAGUCCGCACUAUUGCCUUCCCAUCAACUUCAUCAAGGAGGACAAGUACUUACUCUUUUUGCACUAAAAACACUUGAAUCAGGAACCCUAACGUGUGCGGCAGAGAAUGCUUUUGGAGUAGAUAGAGCUUCUGUUACAGUGAUAUUCAAAAGUCGUAUGUAUUAA